AUGAUCAACCUAGGAAAAGUUAAAAGGUCAGGACGUAAAGUUCAUGGAUUAGUUGUCGAGUCAUUAGAUGGACAAAACUGUACAGAUAUACCUACCAUCAUUGAGUGUGAUGAAAUUCCUGAAGUCAGAGAGGAAAUUUCUACCCCAGACAUAGCCCUACAUUAUAAACAUUUGCAUGACAUUGCUGAUCACAUAUCUCCAAUUGAUCCUAAUGCAGAAAUCCUGUUACUGAUGGGAAGGGAUAUACCAGCUAGAUCUCUAACUCAUGAUAUUCUGACGAUAUUUACGGCAGAAGUUUCAGCAUUCGUAAAUGCGAGACCAUUAGUCCCUUUAUCGGAAGAUGAAGAUGAACAAUGCCAUCUAAUCCCUUCCAUGAUACUUACCCAGAAAACUCCUGUGAUCGUCGACUUUCCUGUUGACAAGAUGAACAAGGCCAGUGGAAACACGUACAGCAUAUGGCAGAUUUAUUCUGGACGCGCUGGAGAAAAGAAUGAUUUGUCUUAUAAUAAAGCCUCCAGUCAAAUUUUAACCAGCCCUUGUCUUCGUCCAGCAAUAUGCGGAAGUUUGUCUGUUGCAAGAAACGCAGUUGACAGAAACUCAUCAACAUGUGCUCUGACAACUGUUAUCGGGGGGACUUCCCCAAACACAAGUGUCUGGUGGAGAGUUGAUCUUGGAGAUAUCUACAGUAUUCACAGUAUCAGGAUACAAUUUAAAGACUAUGGCAAGAACUACGUAAUGAGACAAAGGGGACGGUUUGCAGGAUUCUCCAUUUAUCUUUCAAACUCAACCAAUAAAAAAAACUGGGUUCUUUGUUACAAGGACGGACCUGAGUUACCCCCUUUGGAUUUCAACACCACUUGCUGGAAACGUGGACGAUACGUCAUUUAUUAUAAUGAAAGAUUGAAGGAUGUUAAAUAUCCCGAUGGUUACGAAACUCAGAGUUUUACUGGGUUAUGUGAAGUAAUAGUGCAUGGUUGUAAAAGUGGAACAUAUGGUAAUUUGUGUAACAUACAUUGCUCUGAAAAAUGUCAAGAGAACAAAUGUGACAUCAUAAACGGAACAUGUCUAGGAUGUAUACCUGGACGGAUGGGACAGUUCUGUCAAAUACCAUGUGGUAGUGGAUCAUAUGGUCAAGACUGCAAACUUCGGUGUUCAGAACAUUGUCAGGAUGGUCUUACCUGUAACCAAGUGACUGGAAUAUGUGAUAAAGGUUGUGCUUCCGGAUGGACACGACCAAUGUGUAAUGAAUCAUGCAGUGAUGGACAUUAUGGACCAAACUGUGCUUCCAACUGCAGUGGACAUUGUUUAAAUGGAAGCACUUGUAACAAGGAAACAGGGCAUUGCGACUUAGGAUGUUCACCUGGAUACGUUGGAGAUUUGUGUGAUAGAGCAUGUAAACAAGGCUGGUUUGGUGACAAAUGUACUCAGCGUUGUAGUGGACACUGCACCAAUGAGAAAACGUGUAACAAUGUAGAUGGAUAUUGUCCUAAUGGCUGUCAAAAUGGCUAUCUUGGGAAUAUGUGCAACAAAUCUUGCGCGGCAGGUUUCUACGGUGCAAACUGCUCCAAAAAAUGCUCUCAGAAUUGUAAAGAAAAAUGUUAUCAUACCGAUGGAUCCUGUUCGUGUAAAAUUGGUUGGAUGGGUUCCCCAGAUUGCACUUCAGAAUGCCCUCAGAAUAGGUAUGGUGUGGGCUGUAUUGAUUUCUGCAGCCCAAAUUGUGCUAAUGAAAGUUGUGAUAGAUUUAAUGGAAGUUGUAAAGAAGGAUGCAAAGAACAAUAUUUUGGAGAAAAAUGUAGUGAAAAAGAGGGAACUUUUCGCCUUCAGUCUGAAAGUACGACUGCGCAACCACUUACCAUUGGUGCGGUUUUAGGGGCAUUUGCCGUUGUUAUCAUCCUAAUUGCAUUGCUUGCUCUAUUUAUGAGAUUACGACAAAGGAUACACAAGGGAACCAGCAAUGCUUCUGUAUCGAUACAAAUGUCCACAGUAACAUUCCAAAAUCAACAAACUGCAGGUGCAGCAACAAAGAAAAGUAAAGAACGAAAUAAUCGUCAAUUACAUAAUGUCGAAGAGAAAACUAAGAGAGGUCCUCCUACAAAUAAAACCAUUCUCACAAGGAAUCUACAGGCCAUCAUAGCAAAAAUGUCUGCUGCUGAAAACGCUGGAUUCAAACACGAAUACCAUGAAAUUCCUAGAGGUGAAUUGCUUCCCUGUGAAGAAGCUAAGAAACUUGAAAAUAAACCUAAAAAUAGAUACACGACUACAUUUCCAUAUGAUCACUCUCGAGUUGUAUUGAAAACCGUAUCUCCAAAUGAAAGUGACUACGUCAAUGCUAAUUAUAUUGAGGGAAGUAUAACUAUAAUAAUAAACGAUACGCAGAGUAAUCUAAAGUAUAUUGCAACUCAAGGCCCAAAACCAAAAACAGUUGUUGACUUUUGGAGGAUGAUGUGGCAGGAAUGUGUAACCGUAAUUGUUUGUCUGGCCAAUCUUAAAGAAGGGACAAAGAUUAAAUGCACACAAUAUUGGCCGAAUAUUAACGACAAAAUGCAGCAUGGUAUUUAUAUAAUAAGAAAUCUGGAAGAGAAAAUAUACGCUAAUUACACGUCAAGACGCUUCAAAGUGUACAACAGUCUGGAAAGAAAAGACCGUGAGAUGCUGAUGUUUCACUACACAAGAUGGCCAGACCAUGGGGUUCCUGAUCCACUAAAUCUUGUUGUGUUCCAUCGUCACGUGAUGAAAACGUCACCACAAAAUGGGAAAUAUACAUUGGUGCACUGCAGUGCUGGAAUUGGAAGAACCGGAACAUACAUAGCUUUAGACGCCCUCUAUCGAGAAGGGGAGAGAAAUGGCUGUGUUAAUGUACCAAUGUAUGUCAGGACCAUGAGAAAAGACAGAAUGAACAUGAUACAAGGCGAUGACCAGUACAGAGUCGUUUAUCUCGCCUUGUGUGAAUCGUUCAGUGGUAGAUCCAAAUGUUUGACAGCUGAGAAACUCUCACAACAAUCGCAAGAUAGAUCCUGCUACACAAAUUGUGGGGAAGUUACACAUGCAACUUCCUUGUCGUCAGAGUUCCAGACUCUACAGUCUCUUCGGAUAAAAUAUGCAGAGAAGGAUUACGAAUCUGGACAUACAAACAUAUCAGCCAAUUAUACAGAGAGUGUUUUGCCGGUGGAAAAGUUCAUGUGCUAUCUGUCCUAUACAAAGGGAAGGAACAACUACUACAACUCUGUUCUUCUACAGUCUUUCACUGAAAAUGACUGUCUAAUCAGCGCUCAGUACCCACUUCCUGACUACACUGAAGACCUUUUGAGACUCAUGAGAGAUUUUGAUGCUCGUGUUGUGGUUUUCCUAGGUCCUUUGAAAGAAAUAAAAUCUUCAUCCCUUUGGGUUCCAUCAAAAUCCGAAAAUAAAACAGUGGGCAGUUUUGUACUUAAUCUAGCAACAUCAACAAAUUCGAUAAACUUUACAACCCGGAAUAUAGUUUUGCAGCCAAAGGGAGGCAGCGACAUGACACUAACUGUAAUGGAAUGCAAGACCUGGAAAGAGGGAAGGUUUCUUACCGACAAAAGAGUCUUACUUGACGUGGUCAAAGAGGCAAAAUCAGAGAAAGAUAAGCAAGAGGGAAAAAUACUUGUUUUGUCCAGUGAUGGAGCCACACGUUGUGGAGCAUUUGCUGUUGUCUAUAACGCUCUGGAACAACUCUCGAUGGAUAAGGAAGUGGACAUCUUCACCAUCACACGACAACUUCAGAUACGUAGACCGGAGUUUGUAUCUACUUUGGAGGAGUACCAGCUUUGUUAUGAUGUCGUUGCAGAAUACAUGCAGAAUGACAGUGUUUACGCGAAUUGCUAGACAAAGGGAGGAAACUUUCAUAACUUAGCACAUAAUAUCUUUAACAUUCAAUGUUUUUUAAUCAUACGGUGAACCUUUGUGAUUAAUGUAAAAACUUUUGACUUAUGAAAUCAUAAGAAACAAUAUAUAUUCACUAAUUUUUCGAGACUUUUUCAUU